CACACACGCGCGCGAUGAGAGCAGGGCUGCGACGACACCGAGCUCCGGUUCCUCGCGCAGCCUGAAACAAAGCGUGCUGUCUGUGUGAGGACGGCUCGAGCUGCGGACGCACCGUGCGCGCGCUGUGACGCAGAGCCGCGUGGUCACACUCUCAGCUGUUGUUGUUGUUGUUUCUGACAGACUGACGCUGAGAGGAAGAAGAAGCUAACCCGUCUGUCCUCGGUGCUGCCCGGCUACAAGACCUCAGCAUGCCAAAGGAGGCGGACCACCUCGAGGGCGGAGGAGACAAGGAGCCGAAGGAGGAGGAGGAGGCGGUGAGGAAGAGAGUCCGGGCCAAUACCCCGAGCCCGCACAGGGAGAGCACUCCUCAAGCGAGCCCUCCGAGGUUCGUGUCCGUGGAGGAGCUGAUGGAGACGGCGAAAGGAGUCACCAACAUGGCUCUGGCCCAUGAAAUACUGGUCAACCACACUUUUCAAGUCAAACCCACAGAGCUACCCGAGGGCAGCCUGGAGCGCAGAGUGAAGGAGAUCAUGCACAAAGCAUUCUGGGACUGUUUGGAGGCUCAGAUGAAGGAGGAUCCGCCGACGUACGGGCACGCCAUCAAACUGCUGGCUGAGAUUAAAGAGACACUGCUGUCUUUCUUGCUCCCGGGCCACGGCCGCCUGCGCACCCGCAUCGACGAGGUCCUGGACCUGCCCUUGAUCCAGCAGCAAGCCGAGAACGGAGUGCUCGACAUCAGCCAGCUGUCCCAGUUCAUCGUGGAGAUGAUGGGCUCGCUGUGCGCCCCGUGCAGAGACGAGGACAUCAAUAAGCUCAAAGAGAUCACCGAUAUCGUGCCUCUGCUCAAGGCCAUAUUCUCCGUGCUGGACCUCAUGAAGGUGGACAUGGCCAACUUCGCCGUCAGCAGCAUCAGGCCUCAUCUGAUGCAGCAGUCGGUCGAGUACGAGAGGAGCAAGUUCCAGGAGUUUCUGGAGAAGCAACCCAAUGCUUUAGAUUACACUGAGAAGUGGCUCGAGGACACGGUGAAAUGCCUGAGAGAGGCGGAGGCGGACAGUUCCGGCGGCGCCGCCUCAUCCGACCCUCCCUCUCUCCUCCCCCUUAACGUCCACAAUCACGCCUACCUACGCCUGCUGAGGUGGGACCACGCCUCAGACCCCUUCCCAGAGACGGUGUUGAUGGAUCAGGUCCGGUUCCAGGAGAUGCAGCAGGAGGCCGAGCGGUUAGCUCUGCUGUGCUCUGUGCUUCUUGUCGUCUACACCACCACGGGAGACGCUAUCUCAGGCCUGCCGGGCCUGAUGGAGACUCUUAAAAACACCGUCAGUGUCAUGCUUGCGGACAUGCACACACCGUCUUAUAGUGCACAGGAGGCCUUAGCGACCAUCGGGGAGAAACUGUGUGUUGAGCUGAGUCAGUGUCUGAGCCAGCACGGCUACUCUCCGUUUUCGGCUGACCGAAAGAACACCCUGAGGAGUCAGAUCUCAGCCACCGUCCAUCCAGACAACACAGUCCGCAAGCUGAUGGACUCCCGGGUUCAGAGCUACCUCCUGGCUUCCCUGGAGUUCAGUCAACACAAGACCCCUCCUUCUCUCCCGGGGGGCCUGGCUCCGGUCGGCAGGGAGCUGAAGGAGCUCGCCGUCCGCUUCAGCCGCCUCGUCAUCUUCAACAAGCUUGUGUUCUCCCCGUUCUACCAAAAGAUUCUCCAUAAAAUACUGACAGGAGGAGGGGAGAGUCCCUAAACAAUGAAACGUGGUGUGAGAGCAGUGUGGAGUGUGGUCUCUGGUCGCUGAAUCUGUGUUCAGCGGUUGAAAACAGCUCCCCAGAGCGCGCACCUUAAAACCGACA